GGCGGGCGGCGCUGGGGGCUGUGACGCCGGACUCGCGAAGGUUCCAGAGGCGCCGCGCGCGGUAGGCGGGCCGCGGUGUGGUGCAGGGUCAGGGUCGUCGCAGGGCUGCGGGCGCUGCGAGUCACGUGGGUGCGGCGUUUCCUGUUCUUUCCCCCGUGGGGCUGCGGCUCGUGCCUUGCCUACCCAGCCGGACCAUGGCUUCAGCUGUGGAGGAGCUACAGAAAGAUCUUGAAGAGGUGAAGGUGCUGCUGGAAAAGGCCACUAGAAAGAGAGUACGUGAUGCUCUUAUAGCUGAAAAAUCCAGGAUUGAGACUGAAGUCAAGAACAAGACGCAGCAGAAAUCACCAAGGAAAGCAGAACUUGACAAUGAAAAGCCAGCUGCAGUGGUUGCUCCCAUUACAACGGGAUAUACAGUGAAAAUCAGUAAUUAUGGGUGGGAUCAGUCAGAUAAGUUUGUGAAAAUCUAUAUUACCUUAACUGGAGUCCAGCACGUCCCCACGGAGAAUGUGCAGGUGCACUUCACAGAGAGGUCAUUUGAUCUUUUGGUAAAGAAUCUAAAUGGGAAGAAUUACUCCAUGAUUGUGAACAAUCUCUUGAAACCCAUCUCUGUGGAAGGCAGUUCAAAAAAAGUCAAGACAGAUACAGUCAUUAUCUUAUGUAGAAAGAAAGCGGAAAACACACGGUGGGACUACCUGACUCAAGUUGAAAAAGAGUGCAAAGAGAAAGAAAAGCCCUCCUAUGACACUGAAACAGAUCCUAGUGAGGGACUGAUGAAUGUUCUAAAGAAAAUUUAUGAAGAUGGAGAUGAUGAUAUGAAGCGAACCAUUAAUAAAGCCUGGGUACAAUCAAGAGAGAAGCAAGCCAAAGGAGAGACAGAAUUCUGAGACUUUAAAUUUCUUUCGGGAAUUGUGAUGUGGAAAUAAUGAUGUUUCCAAUAAGGACAUGUUGGUGAGCUGCAGAUAAUUUAACAGAUAAUUUUACAGAGCCUUCUUCUAAGUAAAAGCAAUGAAUUCUCCUGCUGGAGGAUUUAUUUAAAUAAAAUAUGCUUAUUCAACAGUUCCUCUAAAGAUGGUUUCCUUAGUAAACUGGUCAUUUUGUUCAAGAAAGAUUAAUAUUUGCAUUCUCAUGUGAAAUGUAAAGAAGCAAGUCUUGCCUAAUGAAAAUGCCAUAUUGUGUGUAUUUUUGUUCAGCUAGGAGGUGGGGGAAAAAAUGUUACCGCUUGUUAAGUUCUUGACAUCAGUUCUCACCAAUGUAAGAACAAGUAAAUAAAACUUGAAUUUUUUCAGAAAA